AUGGCGCCGUUCGAACGAGACACGUUCUCCGCCGUCGACUACGUCAACCGGCUGUUCCCCACGACCGACUCCCUGACAGGGCUGGACGGCACGAUCGCGGCGCUCCGCCGUCGCAUCGGCGCCCUGGACGCGGAGAUCCUGGCCGCGGUGCGGUCGCACCCCCCCGGAGCACAACGCACGCACGAGGGCGUCGCGGCGGUCGAGGGCGCGAUCCGCGACAUGACGGAGCACAUCGCGGGCGUCCGCACGCGCGCCGAGGCCGCCCAGAAGUCGGUCCAAUCCAUCUGCUCGGGUAUACGCCGCCUCGACCUCGCCAAGCGCCACCUCACCAGCAGCAUCACCGUCCUGCGCCGGCUCGGGAUGCUCGUGGGCGCGGUGGACCGCCUCGAGGGCGUGGCGAGCACGCGGCAGUACGGCGAGGCCGCGCGGCUGAUGAGCGCCGCCACGGACCUGAUGGCGCACUUUGAGCCGUACGUCGCGGUGCCGCGCGUGGCCGAGGUGUCGGCGCGGUUCGAGCGGCUCCGGGAGUCGAUGCGGCAGCGGGCGACGCAGGAGUUCCACGACCUGCUCCCGAGCGGGUCCGCGGGCGCCGGCGCGGAGGGCGGCGUGGCGCCGGCGGCGGCGGGCGUGCUGAGCGAGGCGUGCCAGGUGAUCAACGCGAUCGGCGGGGGCGCGCGCGACGACCUCGUGGCGCAGGUGUGCUCGCGCGAGACGACGGCGUUCAGCGCGAUCUUCGCGACCACGGGGCCGACGGGCAAGUUGGAGAAGGUCGAGGGCCGGCUGUCGUUCGUGCGCAAGGCCGUCACGGGGCGCCCGGACGUGUGGGAGAUCUUUCCGCGAGAGUGGCGCGUGCAGGAGCUGCUGGCGAUGACGCUGUGCAAGCUGGUCCGCGCGCAGCUCGCGGAGAUCCUGGACGCCGCUGCGCCGCAGGGCCUGGACGUGACGGCGCUGCUGCAGGGUCUUCAGAAGACGAUCGAGUUCGAGGAGGGCAUGCAGGCGCGGUUCGGAAGCAGCGAGGGGGGCGGGGGCAGGGAGGCGGCGGGUACGGACGCGCUGGGGCAGGUCAAGGCGAAGUGGGAGCGCGUGCGGGAGGAGCGGCGGCGGGAGCGCGCGAGCCUCGAGGCGGGGGGCGCGGGGGACGACGAGGGCGAGGAGCGCGAGGCGGGGGCGGGCGGCGUGGAGUUCAACUUCCGCGGCGCGAUCUCCGGGGUGUUCGAGAAGCACAUGGGGUCGUACGUGGAGCUGGAGGAGCGGGCGCUGCGGGAGGCGGUGGACAAGCUGCUGCUGGAGGAGACGUGGCAGAUGGUGGGCGGGGCGUCCGGGCCGUCGGUGCUGCAGAGCUCGACGCAGGUGUUCAUGCACAUCAAGCGCUCGCUGAAGCGCGGGUCGUCGCUCUCGCGCGGCGCGGCGCUGCUGCUGCUGUACCAGGCCUUCCAGCGCGGGCUGGUCGCGUACGCGGGGAAGCUGGCGGCGCGGCUGCCGCGCACGGCGUCGGGGCAGCCGGCGGCAAAGGCGGCCGCGGGCGACAAGAGCUGGCACGUGCCGCUGAGCGAGCACGAGGAGUUGGUGGUGGUGCUCAUCGUCAACACCGCGGGGUACUGCCACGACACCUGCCAGGGCCUGGCCGAGUCCGUGGCGAAGCUGCUCGAGGACGAGGACCUCCGCGCGGGCGUGGACCCCAGCGGGGAGCAGGACGAGUUCCACGCUCUGAAGAGCCGCGCGCUGCAGGCGCUGGUGCUCGGCGUGGACACGCGCCUCGAGCAGCACCUGCACGCCAUGUCGCGCGUGGCCUGGAGCUCCGUGGACAUGGUCGGCGACGCGUCCGCGCACGUGGCGGGCAUCCAGAAGGAGCUCGCCGCCGCCGCGCCGCGCCUGGGCCGGCUCCUGGACGCGACGCACUUCGGGUACUUCUGCGACAAGCUCGUCGCGUCGCUCGUCCCGCGCUACCAGGAGUACCUGUACCGCUGCCAGCGCGUGUCGGACGCCGGGGCGCAGCAGCUCCUGCUCGACAGCCAGGUGGUGCGCGCGACGCUGCUGGAGCUCCCGACGCUCGGCGGGCACGCGGCCUCGCCGUCGUUCGGGCGGUACGUGGCGCGCGAGAUGGGCCGCGUGGAGGCCUUCAUCAAGGUCGUGCUCUCGCCGCCCGAGGCCCUCGUGGACACGUUUGCGGAACUCCUCCCGGGGGCGUCCGCGACGGACUUCCGCCGCGUCCUGGAGGUCAAGUCGCUGUCGCGCCAGGAGCAGCAGCAGCUCGUCGAGGCGUACGAGAAGCAGAGCGGCACCGCGGUCCCGCUCGCGCAGCAGCCGCAGGCGUCGGCGGCGACGGGGUUCGCCGCGCGGAUGCGCCUCGCGAGCGGGCCCGCGACGGCGCCGCGGACGUCGGAGUCGGAGACGACGCAGCCCGUGGGGUUCAUGUCGAAGCUCGUGGGGCACCGGCGGACGGGGUCGACGGGCGCGGCACUGGCGAGCAAGGACGGGACGCCGCAGCGCGGGUCGAAGGCCACGGAGAACCUGCGGAGGUUCUUCGCGAACGCUGGACAGCUGUCCUUCCGCGCAGGGCAGAGCGAACAGGGGCCGGGACCCGCGGGGGGGUCGGGGGCGGGCACGUGCCCCGCGCAGCUGUGA